AUGGCAACUAAUUGAAAAGAUUGGGGAAGGAGUGAAGACAUACACAUUUAUCCUGUCAAUCUCAGAUUUCCACUUCAUGAUAAAGAAAGACUUGAGAAAUGGCUGCGGAAUAUGAAGCGAGAUGCGUGGACUCCAAGUAAGCACCAGCUUCUAUGCAGUGACCACUUUACCCCCGAUUCCCUUGAUGUGCGAUGGGGUAUACGAUACUUGAAACAUACUGCUGUACCAACAAUUUUCUCUUCCCCAGGUGAUGAGGAAAAAGACUCUUCUCAGAACAGCCCACAAGAGGUGAAGAGAGACUUGGAAGAAAGAAAGACAAAUGUAAACUCAGAGAAGGCAUCUGUAUCACUUGAACCUUGUGCACCAAAGACAAAUCGUAUAAUUGCAAACAAUGUAGAUGAACAAGCAGAAGUAGUUUGCUCAGCUGCAUUGAGUAAACCUUUACAAAUUCAAAAACUACAACUUCAAAACAGAGAAGGCUUUCAGGAAGGCAGUGUCAUUCUUGAUAAUUCGUCUAAGCACCAUAUACAUCAACCUAAUCCUGUUUUAAUGGCAGCAGCAAUCCAGAGCAUGGAAGCUACCAGUGCUCAUACUUCUGUGGAAGAUCCAGUAGGUUGUACAGCUACAGUCCUGCAAUUUGCAGACCCUGACUACUUGAAUUCAUCUCUGAAACUGAAAAAUGUUUUAGGUUCAAUUACUGACUAUGCAAUUGAAAACCCUAACGCUCCUGUUGUAGGUUGUUCUUUUGAAGUCCAGCCAACUAGUGAAAAUGCAGUUUUACUGAGUACAGUCACACAAAGUAUUGAACAGUUCAGUGGAAGUGAAGAAUCUGUCAUUGCUAUCAUUGUGCCAGCUGAGAGUCCAGAAAAGCCUGAAAUAGUAAAUAGUCCUUUCCUGCCUAUUAAGCAAGAGUUUCUCGACACAGAAGAGACAGAAACCGAUGAAUCUGUGUGUUUGAAUGCGUAUGGUGGAAGUGAAAUACUACAAACUGAGCAUUCAUACUGCAAACAAGACAUAGACAGAGAUCACCUUUGGCAGAAAAUUUCAAAGCUCCAUUCCAAGAUCACUAUACUUGAAAUGCAGGAGAUAAAAACUUUAGGGAGACUCAGGUCCUUGGAAGCUCUGAUUGGACAACUGAAGCAAGAGAACCUGCUUUCUGAAGAAAAGCUGAAAAUGGUAGAAAACUGCUUUACCACACUUGAAGUGACUAUGAUACAGUAAAGGCUUUCAAUGAUGGUUCUGAAAUAUCUUUUUAGCCUCUUUGUCUGUUUGUACAAAUUAACUUCUGUUUCAGUCAUAUUUUAAACAUCUAAUGCCAAUUGUGUGAAUAGCAAACAUUCUUUAAAAUGUUGCAUCGACUACUACCAAAGCUAUGUUGUAGAAUAUGGCCUGUAAA